GGCAGAUGUUUGCACAGCCAACCGUUGUUCCAGGGUUUGUUUACGCUCGUUACAAUGGCGACCAUCUCUGAGUUGAAGGAUGCUGUGAGGCAGACACUGGAGUCCCGUGGCGUAAUGGGCCAGCUGAAGGCUCGGAUCCGAGCGGAGGUGUUCAGCGCCCUGGAUGAGCAGCAGGAAGCGCGGCCGUCAUUGUCCCAUGAAAACCUGCUCAUAAACGAGCUCAUCCGGGAAUACCUGGAGUUCAACAAGUACAGGCACACAGCUUCAGUGCUCACAGCAGAGUCGGGCCAACCUGAAACUCCCUUGGACAGACAGUUUUUGGCCACUGAGCUUAGAGUCUCGGAGGAUGCAAGCUCCAAAUCUGUACCUCUGCUGUACGGGCUGGUUUCUCACUUCCUGAACAGCAGUGAUAACAGAGGGAAGGUUUUGCUGCGAGGUGCUGCUGUGAGUGUCUCAGCUCCUGGACAUGGUUCAUGACGUUAAGCUGCCGACCAGCGAAGCUCGCGGACUUAGAGGAUGCUUUGGCUCUCCCAGAAGUUCUGCGCCACCGACCUGAAUACAACUUAUUUUCUGAUAUUUUAUUUUGCAAUGUAAAAGACUUACAGAAUGAAAGGCUUAAAAGAGGGAAUAAAAAGUAUUUUAUAA